GGUAGAUAUUUCAGUCAGCGUACACGCAUUUUGAGCCUACGGAAAAAAGACUACUCCUUUAAGAGCAGAGGGAAGGGCUUAGGAACGUCUUUUUGCAGAAACCAAACUUCAACCACGCAUAAGACUUGUGAAGACUCUCAUCAAUUACUUCAGUGCUUCCAAGAAGAAUUCGGUGGAAGAAACAUAUGCUUCGACUGUUAAAAAAGUAAUUCCAAGAGCAAUCGUCUAAUGUAAAUUGCGCUAAAUGGCUUCCUCCAGUCUUGUCCUGUCUGAAGAGCAGUUCCAGUGUUCCGUCUGUCUUAACAUGUUCACUGAGCCCGUCUCUAUACCAUGUGGACACAACUACUGCAAGGCCUGUAUCAGAAAAUACUGGGAAACCACUGACCUGUGCCUGUGUCCAAUGUGUAAAGAGAUAUUUCACAAAAAACCUGCGCUUCGUGUCAAUACUUUCAUUUCUGAAAUGGUUGCUCAGUUCAAGGCGUUGGCUCCAGUGGAAUACACACCCAUCUCUCCUGGACAAGCCCAAACCACAAACCUGAGAGAAGUGCCAUGUGACGUCUGCCCUAAGGGGGAGUGCAAGGCCUUAAAGUCCUGUCUUGUAUGUCUGGCCUCCUACUGUGAGCCUCACCUGGACCAUCAUCGCAUAGUAAGCUCUUUAAAGAAACACAAGCUUAUUGACCCUGUGCCCAACCUGGAAGAAAGGGUGUGUAAGAAACACGAAAGACCCUUGGAGCUGUUUUGUAGGAACGACCUGAUGUGUGUAUGUCAAUUCUGCACUGAGGCAGACCAUAAGACUCAUGACACAGUCCCUAUGGAGGAAGAGCUUGAAAAGAGGAAGGCUGAGAUGGAGAGGACAAGGCGUAAAGUGCAGAAGAUAAUCCAGGAGAGACAGCAGGAAGUUAAAAAGAUUAUGCAGGCGGUAGAACUCAGCAAGAAAGAUGCAGAGAGAGAGAUGGCAGAUGGUGUACAGGCCUUCACUGCUUUAAUGCUGUCCAUUGAGAAACACCAAGCUGAAGUUCUACAGGUGAUACAGUACAAGCAGAAAGCAGCAGAGAGACAGGCUGAAUGCUUAAUUGAAGAGCUGGAACAUGAAAUCACAGAAUUAAAGGAAAGAAGCACAGAGCUGGAGCAGCUCUCUAACACUGAUGAUCACCUUCUCCUUCGGAGUCCUCCAUCCUUCUGUACCUCCCUUCCAUGCCCCAAGAAGUGGUCUAAGAUCAACAUUCACCACGGUGUGUAUGUAGGGACUUUGAGGAGAGCUGCAUCUCAGCUGGAGGAGACACUCAAUAAAGAGAUGGAAAGGUUUUGUGAUGCUGAGUUGAAGAGAGCACAGCAGUGAGGCAAGACCUCUGAUCCGCUUGUCAUUACUUCUGUCAAGUUUUCACAGAGUUUUAGUUAAAAGGACAUUUACUCACAGGGAACCAAUAAUUAGUGUUUUGAUAUUCUAACUUGAAUACUGAAAUUGUGUGAUGAAGAAUUCUUCUCUGAUGUUCUAAUGCUGAACAAUAAAUAAAUAUAAAGUUUU